AUGAUCUAAUUUCAAUAAUAAGAUGAUAUUUAAAAAAAUGAAAUAUAGAAUUAAUAAAUCAUUAAUUCAAAUCCAAAUGAAGAUUUAUAAGAAAAAAAUUAAAAAUAACAAGAAUAAAAUUAAAAGUUGUAUCAAUAAUUAAGUUAGACUGAAAAUAAAUUAAAUUUGAUUAAUCAACGUGUUGAUGAAUUAAAUCAAGAGAAAAACUAAAAUAAUACUAUGAUUACUGAUCUUAAAAGUUAGCUGAUUAAUAAAGAGAUUUUAUUAAUUAAAUUAAUAAUGAUUAGGCUUAUUUGGAUUUGACUGAAUCAUUAGAAAUCACAUUGUAAAGAUUAAAAGAAAUGGAAAAGAAAAAUGAAAAUUAUUGGAUGAAAAUCUCUAUUAUAAAAAAAAAAUAUGAAGAAAGCCUUAUUUAUAUAAAAAGUACUAAAGAAGAAACUUUGAAUCAAUAAGACAGAAUAGAUUAAAUUAGUCAAAAUUAUUAACAAUCAUCAGAAGAUUAAUUCUAAGAAAUUCAAGGUUUAGAAAAUGAAAUUAGAUUAUUGUAACAGUAAAUCUCUAAUAAAUGA